GGGAAGCCGGAAGGCGGCGGCGGCGAGGCUGGCGCGGACGAGCAGGCGGUUCCGGAGCGGCUCGCGCCAUGUCCACGCACAAUCAGGGCACCGAGCUCGACCUUAGCUGGAUCUCCAAAAUACAAGUGAAUCAUCCAGCCGUCCUGAGGCGUGCGGAACAAAUCCAGGCUCGCAGACCUGUGAAAAAGGAGUGGCAAGCUGCUUGGCUCCUGAAAGCUGUUACCUUUAUAGAUCUUACCACACUUUCAGGCGAUGAUACAUCUUCCAACAUUCAAAGGCUCUGUUAUAAAGCCAAAUAUCCAAUCCGGGAAGAUCUCUUAAAAGCUUUAAAUAUGCACGAUAAAGGCAUUACUACAGCUGCCGUUUGUGUUUAUCCUGCCCGGGUAUGUGACGCUGUGAAAGCACUCAAGGCUGUGGGCUGUAAUAUCCCUGUGGCAUCAGUGGCCACUGGCUUUCCGGCUGGACAGACACAUUUAAAAACACGAUUAGAAGAGAUCAGAUUGGCUGUGGAAGAUGGAGCUACAGAAAUAGACAUAGUAAUUAACAGGACCUUGGUGCUGACAGGCCAGUGGGAAGCCCUGUAUGGUGAGAUUCGUCAGUUUCGCAAGGCCUGUGGGGAGGCUCAUCUCAAAACCAUAUUAGCAACAGGAGAACUUGGAUCUCUUACUAAUGUCUACAAAGCCAGUAUGAUAGCAAUGAUGGCAGUCUACUUCAAAACUAGUCAACAUAAUGCACUCGACAGCAUAUGCCCUUGGAUGAGUUGCAAUACUAGAAAAGUAGUGUCAGAAUUGAAAAGGUUAUUCGAAAGACCAGCUUGCCUUCAACCAAAUCAAUGAAGAAAAGGUAGCGUGUUCUAAAACUGUGAUUUCUGAGCUGUGUUCUGUUAAUCGGUAUUUCAGCGAACACUCUGACAAAAGAGUCUUAUGGUCAUACAACUUUGGGGAAUCCUGCCUGAAAUAUAUCCCUGUAAGCCAUUCACAGUGCACAUGCAUUUGGAAAUGACCCUGAAAAUUUACAAAAACUCGUGUAUUUUUGUUUAAGUCCAUCACACCAAACUUAUUUCAAGUAUGGCAAAGUUUUUCUCAUGUAUCAUUAUUAAUAUUGAACCAAAGAAUUCAAAGCAAGUGAAUACUUAUUUGGUUCUGUCAAGUCCUGUAGACAUAGAUUAUGUUCUGUGGGAGUAUAAAUUUUCAAGCAGACAAGAUUACAAUGAGCACAUAACUGUGGGAGCAUAAGCAUUCAAGUGUAAGUGGUCCAGUUUUAGAAAACCUCCCUUGCAAUCUCUUUAAACAGCACCUCCUCCCCAUUCCUGUGGCUGACGUCUGAAAUUCCACUGUUAGAUCCUCACGCUUUAGUUUAAGCCUGUUAACAUUUAGGACUGUUUGAAGGAAGUAGCCUGUUCAGCAAAUGUGGAAGAUUACUUGUGGAAAACUAGUUGAUAGAUGAAGAGAACUAAAUGUAGACUUGGUAAAAAUACUUGAUUAAAAAAAAAAAAAUCUUUUGAGUUGAGACCAUAGGUUACAAUCCCUUCCUCACCCUGUCCCCUCUUCCCCGCAGUGAAGCGAAGUCAGGAUGUUUGCCCAGCCCAAAUCAGAAACCCUUCGAGAAAAGAGAAAAUUUCUCUUUAAGCCGAAACUGUGUUGCCAGUGGAGAUAUUUUGUGUUAGUGCUCUGCCUAAAUAAAUAGCUGAAAAAGAAGACAGCAGAAAACAUUUAAUACACAUUUGUUCAGUGAAACUGACUGAAACUAGGACUAAAAUCAGGAAAACAAAGCCCAAACGCUACCAGUCAGUUCAUGAACAGCCUCAUUUAGAAUGUGCUGGAACUAAACUGCCCUCUCUCCACACUCGGCUCCUCCGGCUGGCCCUGCUGUCUGGAGACAGAAACCUCAUUCACGUCCACGCAUCGUGCCCUACGUGGAUUCUGAACCGGUCACGGCCUCCUGAUCAUACCUCCUCGCUGUCCCCCUCUGCUGUGGCACUUGGGACCGUCCCUCAGCACGUAUGUCUGCCUUUUUCGGAAUGGAGCGGUGUCUAGUCAGGGACAGUGGCUUUUAUCCUUGCUGGGCACAGUCUACGACAUAGUGUCGUAGAAUAUCCACAGCCUACGACAUAGUGGUUAUUCACAGAUAUCUCUGGUGGGACAGAACAGGUCAAGGAAAGGUCCUAAGAGCUGGGGAAUUUCUGAAAAAUUCCUUAUUGACUACUUUAGCCCCAUGUUACUACUACUACUUCUUUGCCCCAUGUUACUCCCAGGCUUACAAGAUGGCUUUUAGUAGGAGCCUGGGGUGUCAUAUAACCACUUUAUUUUUUAAGAUUGUCGAAUUAUUAUAGAAACUCUUAGAACAGUGCCUGACACAUGGUAGGUGCUGGAUAAGUGUUUAGUAGAGAAAAUAAUUAAAUAAACCCGUUUAAUUAUUUAAUAUUUCCUGCAAGUAGGCAACUGCAGUUGUAGAAUCAUCAAAGAAUUUUUUUAAUGUUCAUUAUGGACAUUAUUUGUUCUCAAGGCUUGCCUAACACAGACUCCAUGUGGAUUCAAGUAUUUAUUAAGUUUAUACUAUCCACAGGGCACUGUGUUAGUAGCUGUGUGAUCAAAAUAAUGGUGGUGAGCGAGGCAGGCACAGCCCUCAAAGAAUGUUCGCUCACAGAGAGCUCACUAUGUUAGAGAGUGAAGAGCAGGUGCAUAGAAAAAUUUCUCAGCUCAUUCAGGCUCAGUAUCUUCUCCAAUGAGCUUCUUAAGACUUGUAUCUUGAUUUCUUCCUCCAUUUUCUACUAUUGCUAGAGCUGCUUAUAUCCUCUGUUGAUUAAUAACAAAGUUCCUUUCUCUCUGUUUCUUCAGUAAUAUGUUCAGACAGACUGGUGUAUAUGCUUCAUUCUUCAGCCUUUAGAUGGUUGUUUCUCCAACAAAAAUCCUACUAUGCUGUGGCUUCUUAUUUUUAGCUUUGCCUGAUAAUUCCUAAUGGUUUUCUCAAAUCCCUUUUCACCUGCUACUUUUCCUUCCAUGUUUUAUUGAGCUGGACUUUGAUGACUCCUGUCUGAUUUCCCAGUGUAAAUGGAGUGGGGAAUUAGGGGCCCAGAUGGGCAAAGCUGGUGUUGUUGUAGGGGUCUCAGCUAGGCAGAGCAGAGAAUGUGUACGUAUGGUGUGUGUAAGAGUGGUAACUUUGUGUCCGUGGUUGCAGAGUGUGAUUGAUGUCCCUGGUAAAUUAAUGUCAUGUACCAUUGGAUUUCAAGGUCAGCAGAGCAAAAAUAAACAGUCCAGGGGCUGUGUAUCAGGAUUGAGUGUGGCUGCAUAUAGCAGAGAACUUGACAACAGUGGCUUAAUUGUUUUGUUUGUUUGUUUAUUAUAUAACAAGAAGUCUGGAGGUACAGCCAGUCACUGCUGUUGGUUCAUCAUCAGCGUCAGGACUGGUGUCUCUGUUACUCUCUUGGCAUUUCCCUGUGGUUAUAAGAUGGCUGCCACAGCUCCAGUCAUCAUGUUUGUAUUCAAAGUAGGAAGAAAGCAAUGACCACACCAUUUCAUAUUGAAGGAAACAGUUUAACUGGGCUAAGUAGGAUUUUGACAGAGAGAGGAAGGAUGCAGAGUACUACAAAGUUGAUAAGGUAAGAGGGUGUUUCUGCAGAACUAUAACUAGCCUGGUUCAGGAAGCAGAAGUGUGUAGUGGUUAAAAGCCUGAGCUUUGAGUUAGAAAAAUGUGGAUCCAAAUUCCAUUCAUGACACUUACAAGCUGUUGGGUUAGAUGCAUUUCUCAGUCUUUCUAAACCCUGGUUUCUUCAUUGGUGAAUAGAGAUAAUAAGAGCACCUGCCUUUUAAGAUAUUGUGAGGAUUAAAUGAGAGUAGAUAUGUAAGGUGUUUAGGUAGAGCCAAGCACCUAGUAGUUCUCAGAGAAGACCUGUUCUACUCCUCUUCCUCCUCUUGCUUUUGUUGUAUUGUCAGCACGAUCAGAAUUAGCUAGACUCUAAGAUGCUUUAGGGUGAGUAGCAGAAGAGAACAAUGAAAUAUUAGGUUAAAUUCAUAGCCCAGAGAGUGGAAAUCCUAGGGUUUUACUCUUUAAAGCAGGUUUUAUGAUGAAAAAUGGCAUGAUCAAACUAGUCUUGUCUGUUCAUCCCAUAUUACAAUACUUUUUAGUUCUUCAUACUUAAAAUUUUUCAUUAUCUUUAAUUUUCAUGUAUUAAAUAUAAAAAAUUGGGCCACAUUAACCCAGAAAACCUUCCUCUGGAGUAAAUUUAUGAUACUUGUGACAAAAGCCCAAGUAAAUAGAUCUCCAGCAUAAGAUGGCACUGUUUACUGUCCUAACCCAGUUUUCCAAAUGCCUUUUUGCUUUACAAGUUAUCAUUGUGAAUCUCAUUUUUCAUUUUGGUAAUAAAUUUGAACAGCUGAAUUUUUUUCUUCACUAAGGUUUUAUAUGUUUAAGUCACCCAUGUAUUCACUUUUGAUUUUGACAUUUAAUAACUCCCCUGAAAUACAUGGGAGAAAUUAUAUCAACGACAUAGAGGACUCUAACAUGUACUUAAGGGGAGGAAAUAAAUGCCACACUCAAGGCAAUUAUACAGGUAGUAUUAAAAACAUUAAAUAUGUAUCAAAAAUUUAAAACAUAGGUUUAAAAGGACAGUAAAGGUAGGUAAAAAGCCUAACUUUGACAGUAUACAUGUUAAGAAACUAUAUUAUGUUUUCUGCUGGGAGGAAGUCUAAAAAUGAAUGGUCUUUUAAUCAAACCUAUUAGUUUUGUAAUAGGAAGUUCUGUAAUAGGAAGUUCUGUGACCAAGAAAACCUCUGUGUUAAGUAUGUAGCAUAUCUAUUUGUCUGAAAUGUACACGAUUACUAUGUGGUUGUAUAUAAUUUCUAUUUAAGAGUUUUAGAAGCUCUCUGGGAGGCUGAGGCGGGCAGAU